AUGGAACAGGCGGACAGGGGUGUUGUUGCUGUGUACGGGAGGCCGCACGUCAACAGGACUCGCUCAGCUCAGGGCAGCGAAAGUGAAAAGUCGUCGCGUUCAGAAGACGACAAGUGUGGCUCGUUCGCCCUAUCUAACGAAGCAAUGGCUGGGCGGUCGCUGCGCCAGGCGGGUAAGAGCUUGUUUCUCGCUGACCCAGUCGUCUGCAUGUGGGCGACGAGAAAAGUCCUACACGUUGCUAUUAAUAAAACGAUUCCGGCCGGCUCUCUCAUCACGCCAAUGGAGAGGGCGCCACGGCAGGAGACCAGUGCCUCGAAUGUCUCCCUCGUCAUCGGGUCGUCGUCGUCAUGCCUGCCGCGCCCAGGGAAUCUCUCCCGUGGAAUGUACAGCUGGCUGGCCUGGGCGCGUAAUCGGUCGCCUGCACAGCCUCACUAA